AUGAAUAUAAUAUCCAUGUUUGAUCGAAUUUGUUCAAGUAAUGUUGUGAUUGCUUCACAACAACGUAAUGAACCAGAAUUCACAUAUGAACAAAAACAUGAAAUCCUUAAUCAAUUAUAUAAAACGAAUCCAGCUAAUUUUAUCCAUCGUUUUGGCUCGUUACUAACGGAUAAUGAAUUAAGAAAAUAUUUUGAUCCCAAUGCUGAUUAUGUGCAUCAAAUAUUAACUUCAAAUCGUAAUAAAAUUCGUGCAAAUCGUCGUUAUACAUAUAUGCAACAACUAAUUGCUCGUGGAUCAUAUUUUAGUGAUGAAGCCAUGAAAGAAAGAUCACCAUUACUCUACGAACAAAUGAUUGAAAAAUAUAAUGAUAAAGAAACAACUCCAUUGAUUGCUAGAACAGCAAACGGUCCAUUAGCAGAUUUCUACAUGGAACACUUAGAAUCGAUAAAUUAUCAAGAAAGACUUGAAAAAGAAUUCGAAAAAGAAGAACGAUUGCGCCAUGAUGGACAUAUUGAAAGUGACGACGAUGAUGAAAGUGAUGAUAAUGAUGGUGAAGAGGAGAAUGCAAAAAACUAUACAAAUACCGAAAGAGAUUUAUACCGACAAGAAUUUCUUGCUAUUCAAAAAGGCAAGGAUGAUUACAUUUUAGCCAUAUUUAUUAAUACAUCAAUUUUUAAUUAUACGAUAGUUCAUUUGUUAUAUAUACGCUUGACGAGAAGAUCAUUAAUUCAAUAUUUGAAUUCAAACGUUUUCUACUACAUCAACUCAAAAAAAUUUCUCAAUGGCGAAGAUUCUAAUAUCGAUUAUACAUCUAUUGACAAUAAUGAAAAUCUUGACGACAUAAAAAUACGUGAACACGAUGAGGAAGAAAAGUAUUUUGAUGAUGAAGAUCCUUAUACCUAUAAUGGUGAAGAACAAUAA